GUGGUUUGGGACGGAACCGGAGGUGGCGAUGUAGAGCCACUUCACUGAGAACUUUACCACAGUGUCGCACCGAAUUAUCUAACGUUGUUAUUGAAGAAUUGUAACAUUGGGAUUUUCCGUACCUAAAACUGAAGAGUCCCAAUUCUUAAUCAAGAGUAAGAUUAAUAUUACUUUCCUCUCCACGGGUGGAGCAACCACUCUGAACCAGCUGUCAUGGCCUCAGGCUUCCAAUCAUGCAGAACUUUUCCCUCAUAAGCCUCACAUCUUCCACACACAACUUUCCACGUGAACCGCACAUCUACACGAUGACCACCUCCCUCAUGAAUGGCCAUGUAAGCGAGUCAGAAGACAGGGCAGCAGGUACCAGCGAAGCCCAGGACUUGUCUGGUCACUGGCACAGGGAGAUGGCUGUGGACUGCCCAGGUGAACUCGGUGCCCGCACACUGGCUGUACGGCGCAGUGCCCAGCUGGAACGCAUCCGCCAACAGCAGGAGGACCGCAGAAGAAGGGAAGAGGAGGGACGUAACCGUCAAGAGCUUGAGGUCAACUCCUCUAUGCGCCUCAAGAAGCUGGCACAAAACCCCAAGGUGGGCAUUGACAACCCCACCUUUGAGCCAUUGGAAGGUCCUGGGAUGUCACUAGGGCAGCUGCAGGGGUUCAAUGGGGCACCACGACUAUUGGAUCUCGAGGAGUUGCUGAUGUCUCUGAAGCAGGUACAGCACUGUCUGGGUGAUUCUCAGAGUCAGGAGGAUGUGGAACUGGUGCUGCAGCUUGUACAGAAGCCUGACUUCCAGAAGGCCUUCAACAUCCACAAUGCUGUGGCAGUACACAUGAACCGGCCAAGUCCUCCAUUUCCCCUCACAGAAAGUGCACAAAGCCUUGUGCAUGAGGUCCAGGCCACGCUGCACAACAGCUCGCAUAAAGAGAGUCUUGAUCUGAUUACUUUGCUCAAAAGCCCUCAUAUGCUGGCACUUAUGCUGGCCCAUGACAGAGUGGCUGAACAGGAGACGCAACCAGAGCCUGUGGUCCCUCUUGAAAGCCCAUGUGAGACCCUCACACAGUGGGGAGGUGAGACUGUCAAGAUUGUACGUAUAGAGAAGGCCAAGGACAUCCCACUGGGAGCCACAGUGAGAAAUGACAUGGAUAGUGUGAUUAUUAGUCGGAUUGUGAAAGGAGGGGCAGCAGAGCGUAGUGGACUCCUUCACGAAGGCGAUGAGAUAUUGGAGAUAAAUGGAGUCGAUAUCCGAGGCAAAGAUGUCAAUGAAGUGUUUGAUAUCCUGGCAGAGAUGCAUGGCACGUUGACCUUUAUUCUGAUUCCCAGCCUGCAUAUUAAACCUCCUCCCAUUAAAGAGACUGUGGUGCAUGUGAAAGCACAUUUUGAUUAUGACCCUUCUGAUGAUCCGUAUGUACCGUGCCGGGAGUUAGGUCUCUGCUUUCAGAAGGGAGACAUUUUACACGUCAUCAGCCAGGAUGACCCCAAUUGGUGGCAGGCCUACAGAGAUGGAGAUGAAGAAAACCAGCCACUAGCCGGGCUGGUGCCAGGUAAGACCUUUCAGCAGCAAAGAGAAGCCAUGAAGCAAACAAUUGAAGAAGAUAAGGAGCCUGAAAAAUCAGGGAAGCUGUGGUGUGCAAAGAAGAACAAGAAGAAGAGGAAGAAACUGCUGUAUAAUGCAAACAAGACUGAUGACUAUGACAAUGAGGAGAUUCUUACCUAUGAGGAGAUGGCAUUGUACCACCAACCAGCUAAUCGCAAACGCCCCAUUGCUCUAAUUGGUCCUCCAAACUGUGGGCAGAAUGAGCUGAGACAGAGACUGCUGUCCAGUGAUCCUGACCGAUUUGGGGGAGCUGUUCCUCACACUACACGAAACCGGAGAGACGGUGAAGUGAAUGGCCGUGACUACCACUUUGUGUCAAAGCAGGCCUUUGAGAUGGAUGCUGCAGCAGGGAAGUUCAUUGAGUCAGGAGAGUUUGAGAAGAACCUCUAUGGCACAAGCACAGAUUCUGUACGGCAGCUUAUCAAUAGCAGCAAGAUUUGCCUGCUAAGUCUGCACACCCAGUCUUUGAAGGUACUGCGCAGCUCUGACCUCAAGCCCUAUAUUAUCUUCAUUGCACCACCCUCCCAGGAACGAUUGCGUGCCCUCUUGGCAAAAGAUAACAAGAACCCAAAGCCUGAAGAGCUGAGGGACAUAAUUGAGAAAGCAAGGGAGAUGGAGCAGAACUAUGGGCACUUGUUUGAUGCCGCAGUUGUGAACACUGACCAGGACAAGGCUUAUCAGGAACUUUUGCGCCUCAUCAACAAACUGGACACAGAGCCUCAGUGGGUUCCAUCAUCUUGGCUGCGCUGAGAUACCUCUUCCACACAAAACCCAACAUAACCAUGCUGUGCAUGGGCUUUGUGGAGUUUGGCGGCUUGUGUGACUGGAUAAUUGAUUAUCUGCUGUUCUGCUGGCAUUCUGUGUAACUAUAUUUAUUCACAAUUUGAACUCUUACAUGAUUGUUUUAGUUCUAUUGACUUACCAGACUCUAAAAUAACAGCCCACAUUCUGAGCAAUGUAAAAAUUUUAGCAGCAUAUGGUUGUCACAGUAGAGUCUUAGUGCUUCUAUACAAAAUAAUUAUAAAUAAUACAAAAUAAUUAUUUAUAAUUGAAAACUUAUGAUUUCAAAAAGAGUUAAGGGGUCUAUUAUUAUCAUAAAAUCAGCCAUUCUAUAUUCUACAGACCAGUCCAAUGAACCGUGCUUGAAUUUCUGUAUUAUUUUAUUCAGCUAGAAACUUUCUACAGUACAAAAACCUUUUUUUAUUUAUCAUGUUUCUUUUCAACUGGUUUUUGUCUCCCACUGACAAGUUUUGUCUUAUGAUGCUUUUUUCCUUGUCAAAAUGGCCUGUUUCUCUCUGAAAUUUUCCAAGUGACUUUUUGUCAUUCUGUUGUCACUUUCAAUAAACAUUAGUUUGUAAUAGUUUACCAAUUGGGCAGUUGUUGAAAAAUUGUUGGGAAAAGGCAUGAUGGUGUCGUUCAUGUGCUAAAAUUUGAAUGGCUUGUGGCUGCAAUUUUGUGAAGGACAGAUGUGGAUCAUUCACUUGUCUGAAACAUACAGUGGUAAACUUAAUAAAACAGAGGCUUUGAACUGUAUUAUAAGCCUUUCUUAUGAUGCACCUCUGACUCUUGGUGGAUGUAAGACUGCAUCCCAUCUGAAAACAGGGCUUCCAAAACAUUAAACUGCAACAAGAGCCGUUGCCCUCCUCCUUCCAACAGAUUCAUAUUUUUAUUCUUAUGGCAAUCAAAACAACAGUAAUAACAGUGUGUGGUUGGUUGGUUAAUUUGUCUUGCAGUAUUCACAUGCACUUCCAGAACUCAGAAACAUGACCAGUAUUGUAAACAGUAUUUUAUAGUAAUAACAUAAGGUUCAACUACUGAGCAUAAUAUCAGCCUGGGCUUACAUUUUGCUGCAGUUAAUAUAAAGUGAUGUCUUUUCUCUUGUUUAAACAAAAUGUCAGUUCUGUCUUUUGUAAACAUUUUCAUUACAUGCUUGUUUUGUUUGUCAUGCAUGCUUUUUAUCUGUGAUGAGUUGGAUUCAGUCACAAAGCUCAAGUGCUGUGUGGAGAAAAAAAGUGUAUCUGUUUUUGUCACUUGUCCAUCUUACCGUAUAGAGUUCAUGAGUUUAUUGUAGAUGUUCUUUAAUUAGAUUAUCAUCAGCAGAAUAUUGAUUGUUUAUAUUUAGAUCUGUUAAAAGCAAAGGCUAUCACUGAAAUGUAGAGGGAAGGCAAGUAUUAUCUGGUUAAAAACACUGGAAACAGAUUUAUUGAAUUAUACUGUAUUUCAUAAUCAGCUUAUAUAUUUAUAUUGACAAUAUAAAUCAUCCACACAAUGUAAUACUUUUGUUUGCUGGCUCUGGCCAGACCAAUUCACCUACUGUCUUCCUGCAGGCAGUUUAUAUUCAAUAUUCUCAAUAUUAGCUGAAAUAUCUACAUGCUGAUUAACUGGAACUAGAACUAUGUAAAAUAUUAUCUUUUUGUCAAAGUAAAAUCCAACUGAUUUUAGAUGCAUUGUAAAUGUGAAUAAUUAAAAAUCCUGAUUGGUGGAA